GUUACUCGCGGAUAGAUAAAUUCAAGCAUCGAUACUGUUUGCCUUCACGAAUCAAUUUCAGUAUCAAAACAAUAUCAACCAACAGCAAUAACAACACAGCCAGCAGAAGCAGUUAUUAUUGCUGAUCCCAAUAGGCCAAAAAAAGAGUUUGGAGGGCAAGUGAACAACAACACAUCGACAAGACCACCACUACAACUACCACGACGACUUAAUAAACAUGAAAACAUAUCCUUUGGUAAGCCAAAACCAACAUGGCCAUCAUCCGUUCAAUCGAACCAAGAGUCGUAUCAAACCAUCACUGCCACCAAAACAACAACAACAACAGCAGCAGCAGCAGACCGAAGAGCAGCAAUGCCCGCCAAAGGAAACGGAUGUUACACUUGUGAUGGGUCGUGCUCCAUGGUGGAUACCAUCACCAGUCGCCGCAACAAUGGCGGGCAGCCAAACGCGAAAUUUUACAUUCGCCGAAGCAUUGAAAGUAUUUUUGCAGAAUUUCUCAUUUCACAGUUACGGGAAAUUAGUUGAGCCGGGUAGACCUUGCCAAGAAAAACUAUUUUGGCUUGCUUUUCAUAUCCUGGCAAUGUCGGCACUAAUUAUUUUCCUUACGAAUUACCACAAUACUGACCAACGACUGCUGACCACCUCCAUUUACAAUCCCAUAUAUCCCAUAAGUGAAGUCUCAUUUCCGGCUGUAUCGAUUUGUUCAAUGAAUCGCAUAUCGAAUGAAUCGGCCAAGCUGUAUGCCCGAGAACUCCAACGCAAAGAUCCCCGAAAACGCAGCGCGGAAUAUUUCUACGGGCAAAUUAAAUAUUUGCAAUACAAUUACUAUGAACCUGGUGAAAUGCCCGAUUAUGAGAAGGCAUUGAAAUUUCAACGUUUUCUCGAUAUCUAUGACCGGAAGGACGAUGAGCUGUUCUUUAAUACAAGGCGACGAAUGGCCAUGCUGACUCCAAAUUGCAGUAGCAUUUUGAAAGUAUGCCGCUUGGGUGGUGAAGACGCCGACUGUCUUCGUGAAUUCACUGAAACAUUUACCGCACGAGGUCUAUGCUGUACAUUUAAUCGGAAUAGAAAAUACUCAGCGAAACGUAAAUUUCGUCAUCGUUUUCUUGGACCAGAUAUGGGAUUGGUAGUUCUACUGAAUGCAUCGCAAAAGGAUGAUUUUAUACCGUCCGUUACAUCGGAGAGAUUUGAGGUUUUCAUCCACAGUUCCCACACCGCCCCUGAUCCCUCUUCCGGUAGUGUAGAAGUCCGAAUUGUGGAAGGAGGAAAAAACACUUUUCUGGCCUUAAAGCCGCGAAUUUUUCAAACGAUCGAUGAAGUUCGCUAUUACAAACCUAAAGUGCGCAAUUGCAUGUUCAACGAUGAACUACCCGAUGUAUUCGGAAAAUCAUAUACCUACAGUAAUUGCAUCUCCUAUUGUCGGACACGCAGUCAGGUGGUGUUGUGUGAAUGUCUACCCUUUAUGGCGAACAGUUUGAAUAUUUCAUCAUCUACCGCUUUCUGCACCCUGCAGCAUCGUGGGUGUCUGAUGCGUUAUGAUUUUAAAUGGUAUAAUGUUAUGACUCAGCGCCCAAACACCGUUGGCCUGGAUCGCGAAAUGGAGGACUCAUUGUAUUGUCCAUAUUGUCUACCCACCUGUAGUGAAACACAAUACACGGUCACAGUAAUGGAUUUACCAUUGAAUAAAUUUAAUAUGAAAUCAUUUCCAAGGCAUAAAGAAAACUAUUCCGAUUUAGCUGUGCUUCAUGUUUAUUUCGGUGUCACCAAUGGAGUGUUUUAUCGCCGAUUCUUGUUGAAUUCCUGGUUUGAAAAAUUCAGUUACAUUGGUAGCAUUUGUGGCGUUAUAGCUGGAUUUUCAUUAAUUGGCAUCGGGGAGGUGAUUUUCUUUGUCGUGCAACAACUUAUUAUGGCACUACGUAGUGAUGCAUACACGGAAGAAAGGAAGAACCGUAGGCGAAAGGCUACGAAUCCCCUACUAAUCUUACCUUAAAAUAUUUGUGAGAUGAAUCGUCAAAGCAAUAGUUUUUCAAAAUUGGAAAUCAUUGGAAUAAACAUACUUACAUAAAAUUGUAGGAAAGCCCAUCACUUACCAUGGAUCAAA